AUGAGUCAAAAGGACCACAGAAUUGAGGUUUACAUCAAAAAGGAGCCGUUGUUUUGCUACAUAAUCCGUGUCUGUUAUGAAAGCAUCCGCAGCCAUACCGGCGCUGUUCACCAAAAUAUCUAUCCGUCCGAACGUAUCGAUUGUGGUGUCAACCAGUUGUCGGAUGUCUGCCUCCCGGCGAAAGCUCAUCAUCGGGAAUCGGCGCACAGAUUGCCAUUAAGUUGUCAUCUCUGGGCGCACAUGAGUGUUCAGGUGUUGACCCGAUUAGUGGUGCCAUAUCUGGAGCAAAGUAAAGGCAAUAUCAUUAACAUACUCGUCCAAUGA